AUGCUCCAAAUCUUUACAAUGUUUUUUUCUUCCUCACAAAAACACAAGAUACUUUUUUUAUUGCAGUAUAUAACUCAAAUCGAGUACUUGAAAUUCAAUAUUAUUUUUAAAAAAUAGAAAAUGAAUUCAUAAAAAAAGUAAGGUGAUGAUUUGUAUGGGAUUUUGGCUUUAUCUAAAGAUGUGGAUGAAAUAGCUUUUCCUAUCUUAAUUAUGAUUUUAAGAAGAGAGAAAAUUGAGGACUGCUUAGAAUUUCUCUCAUAAGAUUAAAAUCAUAGAAAAUACGAAGAAGUAAAAUAUUAUGUAACAGUUCAUCGCUAUUGGGAUAGGAAUGGAUGCUAAAAGUAGGAAGGAAUAACGUUAAGAAAAUAACAAAUGUUCUCAACCAAAUUAAAGAUCAUGAAUUUAAUAAAGAAAAUUAUUCUAAAAAAGAAUACAAAAAAGUGAAUUUAAACUUGAUUACAAAUAUAUCAAAUAAUAAGAAGAUAAUAGAAUUAUUGAAAUUAUUAGUUCAUCUGACUACUCUAGAUGAGAGAUACAUACAGAGUGGAUCCAAUUCUAUUUAUUUAUUAGUUUAAAUGAUGGUUGAUUUGAAGGAAUAAUCAUUUUAAAACAUUAGAAUUAGAAAUACUUCACUGGUAGGAGCAAAUUUUGUGAGAUGCGACUUGAGUAAAUCUGAAUUUGACUUUGUAAUUAUUAGUGGGAUGAAUUUGAAUGGAGCCAAAUUAUUUAAUUGUAAAUGGAGAAAUUUAGUUAUAAAUGAAGAAAUAAAAUUAAAAGGCCAUGGCGGUAUAGUUAAUUAAGUUUGCUUUUCUACAAAUGGGAAAUCAUUAGCUUCUUGCAGUAUUGAUAAAUCCAUUUGUUUAUGGGAUAUAAAAACAGGGAAAAUUAAGUUUGUAAUAAGAGGUAAGAGCGAUGGAAAAUCAAUUUGCUUUUCACCUAAUGGAAUCGCAUUAGCUUAAGGUAGGGAUAAAUUUGUAUAUAUAUGGAAUCUUAAAACAGGAAAGCAAAUAAUUAAAUUUAAUGGUCAUAUUGAUAUAAUUAAUUCAGUUUGUUUCUCUCCUGAUGGUACUAUAUUAGCAUCUGGUAGUUAGGAUAAAUCUAUACGUUUAUGGGAUGCUAAGAUAGGAUAACUAAAAGAAAAAUUAGACGGUCAUAAAUUUUCUGUACAAUCAGUCUGUUUCUCUCCUGAUUGCACAACAUUAGGGUCUGGUAGUGAAGAUAACUCAAUCCGCCUAUGGGAUACAAAAACAGGAUAAUAAAAAGCCAAAUUAGAUGGUCAUUCAAGUUGUGUUAAUUAAAUCUGUUUUUCUCUUGAUGGUACUACAUUAGCAUCUGGUAGUCUAGAUAAGUCUAUCCGUUUAUGGGAUCUUAAGGAAGGAUAAUAAAAAAUCAAAUUAGACGGUCAUUCGAGUUCUGUUAAUUCAAUCUGCUUUUCUCUUGAUGGUACUAUACUAGCAUCUGGCAGUCUAGAUAAGUCUAUCCGUUUAUGGGAUGUUAAGACAGGAUAACAAAAAGAUAAAUUGGAUAGUCAUAAAAAUUGUGUUUAAUCAGUCUGUUUCUCUCCUGAUGAUACUACAUUAGCAUCUGGUAGUGCAGAUAAGUCUAUCUGUUUAUGGUAGAUUAAGACAGGAGAAGAAAAAGCAAAAUUAGAAGGUCAUAAAAAUUGGGUCCAGUCGGUUUGUUUCUCUCCUGAUGGUACUACAUUAGCAUCUGGUAGCGCAGAUAAGUCUAUCUGUUUAUGGGAUGUUAAGACAGGACGAUAAAAAGCCAAGUUAGAUGGUCAUAUUGAUUGGGUAAAAUCAGUCUGUUUCUCUCCCGAUGGUACUACAUUAGCAUCUGGCAGUAUAGAUAAGUCUAUUUGUUUAUGGGAUAUUAAGACAGGAUAAUAAUAAGCGAAAUUAGAUGGUCAUAUUGAUUGGAUCAAGUCAAUCUGUUUCUCGUCUAAUGGUUUUACAUUAGCAUCUUGUAGUUUUGAUAAGUCUAUACGUUUAUGGGAUGUUAAGACAUGGUAUUAAAAACCCAAAUUAUAUAAUCAUGAUAAUUAGAUUUAUUCAAUCUGUUUCUCUCCUGAUAGUACUAUAUUAGCUUAUGGUACUGCAGAUAAAGCUAUUAGAUUAAUGGAUGUUAAGACAGGAUAAUAAAAAGCCAAAUUAGAUGGCCAUUUGAGUUAUGUUAAUUCAGUCUCUUUCUCUCCUGAUGGAACUACAUUAGCAUCUGGUAGCUUUGAUAAGUCUAUCCAUCUAUGGGAUGUUGAGACAGUUUAAUCAAAAGCCAGCUUAGCUGGACAUUCAAAAUCAGUCUUAUCAGUUUGUUUCUCUCCGGAUGGUACUACAUUAGCAUCUGGUAGUGCAGAUAAGUCUAUUUAUUUAUGGGAUGUUUAGACAGGAUAAUAAUUAGCCAAAUUAGAUGGUCAUGAAAAUUGGGUUUAAUCAGUCUGUUUUUCCCCUGACGGUACUACAUUAGCAUCAGGUAGUGCAGAUAAAUCUAUCCGUAUAUGGGAUGUUAAGUCAGGAUAAUAAUUCUUACCUUCAGAUAGUUAUAAAGAAAUUCUCACAUAAUUUAAAGUCUCCAUAUUUCCAAAUAGCAUUCUAUUAGAUAUUCGUAUUUUUUUAAAUAUAUCCUUUAGCUAGCUCUUAUAUUACAAUUCUUCGAAUUUCAUAAAAUCCCAUUUUCCAAGCCUAUGGAACUUUAAUUUUUAAAGGCGAGUUUGUAAAUUCUUAAGGCUUAGAUUUAAGGUCAUUAUUCAAAUCUAAAGGAGGUUGCAUUUUAUCAAGCAGUAAUGGAUUUUAAUAAAAUUGA